AUGUCCAACCCCAAGAAACCCAACACCCCGCACCAAUUUUGGAACCAGCAGCCCGUCCCGCAGUCCCCGGAUGACACCCACACCACCGGUCCGAUGGAUCGACCGAAAACGGUAGAUGAGAUCCCAACCGAGCCCUAUCCGAUUGCGAGCACGUUUGAGUGGUGGGUGCCGAACCCUCAGGACCCUCAAGAGCUACAGGCGGUCUACGAGUUAUUGCGGGAUAACUACGUCGAGGACGAGGACAGUAUGUUUCGAUUCAACUACUCCAAAGAGUUUCUCAACUGGGCCUUGACCCCGCCGGGGUACGUUCUGGAUUGGCUCGUCGGGGUUCGAAGGAAGCACGACAAAAAGCUCUUGGCCUUCAUCUCCGGCGUGCCGAUAACUGUCAAGAUGGGCGUCCCGACAUCUUUACAUGAAACGACCAUACAAAAGGCUGAGGCCGAUGGAACGGCGGUCGAGCUGUAUGAAAAACCCCGACGCAUUUGUGAAAUUAAUUUCCUCUGCGUGCAUAAACAGCUUCGCGAAAAGCAUUUAACACCGAUCUUGAUUAAAGAGAUCACGCGACGUGUAAAUAGGAUGGACAUUUGGCAAGCAAUUUAUACCACCGGGGUGACACUUCCUACACCAUUUAGCUCGAGUCAAUAUUAUCAUCGUAGUUUGAACCCCGAGAAACUUGUGGCGAUUAAAUUUAGUGGAAUUGGCCCGCAGUAUCAACGCUUUCAGAAUCCCAUGGCGGUACUUAAACGUUUACUCCAGUUGCCAGCCGAGCCACGGACGAAGCAUCUGCGAGAGAUGCAGCCCUCUGAUGUCCCACAGGUCGCCAAACUUUUGCAAGCGAACUUGGACAGGUUUGACGUGGCCCCUGUAUUCAACGAGGAGGAGGUCCUGCAUUAUCUUACACCAAGAGAUGACAUCGUGUUUACUUAUGUUAUUUGCCACAACGGGGAAGUAACUGACUUCUUUUCAUUCUACUCCUUACCAUCCACGAUUAUCGGAAACAGCAAGUAUAAUCUGCUCAGGAUCGCUUAUAUCUUUUAUUAUGUGGCCACAACAGUGCCGCUUCAGCAGCUGAUACUCGAUCUACUUAUUAUAGCAAAAAAAAAGGAAUACGAUGUCUGUAACAUGGUAGAUAUUUUGGAUAAUAGAAGUUUCGCCGAACAACUUAAAUUUUCUCAGGGGGAUGGACAGCUUCAUUACUACUUUUAUAACUGGGCAUAUCCCAAGCGCCAGUCUUCCGAUAUAGGAUUGGUUAUGCUUUAA